AUGUCACCAUCAUCUAUUGAAACGAAGCUGCCCAACCUCUCUUUGCAGGUCGGUCCGGAUCAUGAACUGAAGUUAGUGAAUGUUCCGGUGCCAUCGCCCAAACAUGACGAGGUUUUGAUCAAAGUGAAGGGUUGGGAUCUAUCGGAUAUUUACUUUUGGAAAGCAGGCGGAAUAGGCCCGCUUAGAAUCGAGAAUGACUACUUGAGGGGGCCUAUAGUCCGGCCUAUUCCCGUGACUCGUCAACGUACCCCCCGUGCUUGGUCUUCCGAGCACAACGGAGCUGCGGAAGACCGAGUCACGGGAAUAGGCCGGACUAUAGGCCCCCUCAAGUACAUUCUUGGACAUGAGGGUUCUGGUGUUGUUGUACAGUGUGCACCAGAUGUCGACUCUCUCCAAGUCGGUGACCGUGUGGCUAUUGAGGCUCCUAUGCCGUGUGAGAAUUGCCAGUUUUGUCAGAGUGGAAGGCGUAACAUGUGCAGCAACUUGCGUAUCAUCGGCGUGUAUCCCACCGACGGAGCCUUGCAGAGAUACAUGGUCCAUCCGGCCAAACUGCUACACAAGCUGCCAGACAACAUCAGCUUUGCCAACGCUGCCCUGCUAGAGCCACUCAGCGUAGCAAUCCAAGGGAUCCGGGAUGCCGGCGGUCUUCCACUCGGCAGCGCCGCCUUGAUCUGCGGUGCUGGGCCCAUCGGCUUGUUGACUUUGGCAGCUGCCAGGGCCUCUGGGGCUCACCCGUUGGUUAUCACAGACAUUGAACCGACCAGGUUGGAGUUUGCCCAGAAGCUCGUGUCUUCGUGUUUCACAUACAAGGUCGACACGAACCUGACUCCUGAGGAGAAUGCCAAGGCGAUCAGGCAGCUAUACGGGCCGGGAGAGUACUCUGCCCCCGAGACAGUUCUUGAAUGUACUGGCGCGGACAUCAGCGCCCUUGUUGGAUUCCAUGCUGCAAGAAUGAGUAGCAAGCUUGUCAUUCCUGAAGUUGGUAAGGGUACAUUUACCGAUUUCCCCACUGAGCUUAUGAUGGGUAAAAUGGUCACUUUCUAUCAAGUCCUCUCGCAACUACUACGAUACCUGGCCGGCUGGCAUCGCCUUACUCAGCGGGGCCUGAUAAAUCUGGAUCUCAUCACACAUAGCUUCCUGUUGGAGAAAGCAGAUGAAGCCCCCAAGUUGGCUGCCGAGUCCAAGCAUGACACUCUCAAAGUGCAGAUUGUUGACGAGUCUGAUGGCUCUCAGUAUUAA